AUGCGCGACCACUUCCGGCACUCGGUGAGCUCGCUCUACGCCUCAACCGACACGGCGCCGCCCAAGGCCGCCGGACGACACGACGACCAUGCGGACGACGAGAGCGACCACGAGGCGUCGUCGCGCUGGCGCAACUGGCUCAACGGCGCCCCCGGCAUUCUCCUCGGCACGGCGAUCGCGCUCGGCUUGUUUGCGCUCGUGCAAGCGGUCCCGAGCCUCCACGCGGCGCUCGCUGUCUACAUCGUGGGCAAGAACACGUACUACAUUGGAUGCCUCUACUUUCGAGCUAUGACCUGCGUCGUCGUGCCCUUGGCGUUCACGAGCAUCGCGCUGAGCGUCGCGGCGGUCGUCCACGCGCCCAAGCUGGUCUUCGUGCGCGUCAAAAUGAUGUGGCUGCUGCUGCUUUCGACGCUGCUUGCGGCGCUGCAAGGCAUGACGUGUGUCUACUUGAUUCGACACCACAUCACGGGCAGCGAAUUUGUGUACCGCCAAGGCCUUCUCUCGAUCUACUGCCCCGACACCACCACAUCGCUGCUCGUACCGUCGAGGAACGGCUCGUUACACUGCGUCGAGAACGUCAUGGGCACUGCGAAAAACGCAUUCCUUAUCGGCGACGACGUGUACAAGAUCAUGAGCCUCAUCAGUCGCUACACGCACUACGACUCGGACGCAGCCCAAGUCGCUCACUUGGUCCGAGACCUCGCACCGAACAACCUCUUUGCGGCCUUCUUCACCAACGACGUGCUUGGCAUUGUCUCGUUUGCCAUCGUCUUUGGCGUCGCGACCGGUCUCCUCUCGCGCUCCGAGUCGGGCAACGUUGUCAUGAAGGUGCUUCGCGAGCUCAACGCGCUGCUUCAAACCAUGAGCGGCUACGUGGCGGCGGCGACACCCGUUGCAAUCAUCCCGCUCAUCCUUGCGCCGCUCCUCGCGGGUACGCAUACGAUGGAUUUCGACAUGCUCCGCUUGGCGUACUACCUCGUUGCCUACGUGUGCGGCAGCUUGUUGCAUGUCUGUGUCGUCCUCCCGGCGCUGCUCGUGCUCUGCGCCCGCGUCAACCCGUUUGCGUACUACUGGAAGCUUCGGCACGCAGCCAUUUAUGGCUUUGGCUGCAGCUCGUCGAUGAAAGCACUGCCCGUGACGAUGCGCGUCGUCGACCGCGAAGUGCCCAAUCCGAGCACGGCCCGCUUCGCGCUCUCGGUCGGGACCGUUCUCAACAAGAACGGCGCGGCCAUGUACCUCUCGAUGGCGUUUCUCUGGAUCUUCUACAACGGCGGUCUGGCCAAGGAGCUCACUGCAACGACCGUUGGCGUCAUGGUGGUCUCUGCUGUCGUCGGCGCCAUCGCGGUGCCUCCGAUUCGAACCGGCGGUGUCGGCAUUGUCGUGUGCCUUUACACGUUUGUGACGGGCCUUCCGAUUCCAUUUGCUUUUGCCUUUUUACUCGUCGGCGAGUUUCUCAUCGACCCGAUUGCGACAGUGACCAAUAUUGCAGGCAACGUUGUCGUCGCGUACAUCGUCGCCCAUCAGAAGCGCACGAUGGAUCUGCACGUCGCCGCAUGA